GGUGAUCGUGAUGGCGUCGGCACUGUUCGCACUCGUAAGCGGUCGCGCAAAAACGCAUCGCUUAUUCGAUCGUACUAAAACAAAAAAAAAUCGUAAAUCGUAAUCCGCAAUUCACGUAUCGCGAUCGUCAAAGACGAUCGUUUGCGGUGGAGAGAUUCUGGAAACGCGUGUGGUAACGGAUCGCGCCGCCAGUGGCAGCACUGCGACAAGCCUCGAGACACGCAUUUCUCGGCACCGAUCAUAAGUUGGCAGUUAAACUUAAACGUAUCGUUUGAUGUUAUGCUCAAAGUCGAUACUCGCGAUUCAAUAUCACAGGAACCACGGACUUAGGAGUUACUACGUCAUACGUCGUUAUGAUACAAGUGUCUACUAUCAAUAGUUGUACCGUACCACCUCCGAACCGCAGAUUGAAACUGGACAGAUUAAAUAUUAUCAAAUAAUAUUUGAUUCGUGUCUGAACGAACGGUGGUCAGUGAACGUUUUCCGUUUGGUAAGCCGUCGGCGGGCACGUCGAUUUCGCGUCUCGCAAAAACACGUGUUUGUGUGCGUUUUGUUUAUUUUAUCUGUCGUUUGUGAUAGAUAAGUUCUCGUCCCAUUCUCGACGACUGCGAGAUCUUGUCGAUUUGGUUUUGGUGACUGCAGUACAAUCGUGAUAUGAAAACCGGAACAGUGGAUAUUGACCACGUCCAAAGUGAAAACAAUAGCUGUUUGUCGUGCAGAGUAUCUGGUUCGGUUACUUUCUUAUCGGUCGCCACGUAGGUACUUCUAUUUCCGCUGUAAGCACAUUAAACCCGUAUAUUACUUAGGAACUCCAAGUAUGAUAUCUUUAGCUGUAGCGAGAGCAUUAGAUUUGAAACCAUUCAAUGGUUAAUAUUUUAAUAUCAACCAUAGCAUUUAUUGUAAAGUAAUUUUAAAAGUCCAAUCAAUAUGCAAUCCUCAUCAUCACAAAAACGUUACAAACCUCUGCAGAUUGUCAAGAUAUCAGCUAUAUCAAACCAAAAAAACAAUAGAAACGAGCCCAAGUUUAAAGACAAAAAUGCGUUGUUUAAAUAUGGAAAUUAUAAUAGAUACUAUGGUUAUCGCAAUCCAGAUGAUGAAGAUAAUAGGCUGAAAGUGUUAACUGAACGUAUAGAUUUAUUUUGUGGCAAGGAUGUGUUGGACAUUGGCUGUAAUAUUGGCCAUGUAACAUUCAGCGUUGCUAGAGAUUUUGGUGCAAAGUCGGUCGUAGGAAUGGAUAUUGAUCGUAAACUAAUAAAUAUUGCACGCAAAAAUAUACAGCAUUACAUCAACGAUACGGCGCAGUCUUCCUUACACCGGUCACUAGAUUACCAUUUUAAAGAUAAUGCUUCUAGAAGUCAUAAUGAUCCAAACUGUGAUAAAAUCAAAUCAUUUCCUACAUCAUUAGCUACUCUAUAUGGCCCUAUUAAUUUACCUGGUAUGACAGUAUCUGGAAGAUUUCCCUACAAUGUAUCGUUUUUACAAGGAAAUUAUGUAUUAGAAUCUGACCAUUUACUAUCAUUGGAAACAUGUAAGUUCGACGUUAUUCUCUGUUUAAGCAUUACCAAAUGGCUUCACUUGAAUUGGGGUGAUGACGGUUUAAAACGAGCUUUCAAACGUAUGUAUGCACAGUUGCGACCUGGUGGAAUACUUGUGGUAGAACCUCAGCCAUGGAAAUCAUAUAGUCGUAGAAAAACAUUGACAGAAAACAUUUGGAAAAAUUACAAAAAUAUUCAACUGAAACCAACAAUGUUUACAGACUAUCUAUUGAAUGAAGUUGGUUUUUCCAACUGUGAAAGUAUCUCUAUACCUUAUAACCCAUCUAAAGGGUUCCAACGUCCGCUCAGUUUGUAUAAAAAACCUUUCAUCAGUGCCUAGAAAGAAACCAAAGUGCAUAAUAGUUUAACUAAAUGAAACGUAAAAUUCCUAAACAUAGUAUUAAAAUACUUUAUAAUUUGUUAUAAUUCAAGUUCAUUGCUUAAUAAUUGGUUAUUUAACAUUUUCAUAUCUCUUAAUAUUUAAUACUAUUAUUUAAGUUAUAUUAAUUUUACAAUUUGGAAGAUGAAUUAAUAUUUUUAUUGUUUAAAAUAUUUAAUAUAUUAAUUUUUUUUUCAUUA